CAAAGGGGUUAUUCAUACAAGCUGUCUACACGUAGAAAUUAAAAAAUAAUGCUGCCUGUCUGCGGUGCUACUGUAAUUUGUGAUACAAAGUAUUGCUAUAAUUAUUCGUAGAGCAACACAGAAUUACUGGCAGAUGGCCUGGUAGUUUUGUAGUUUGAUUGCUAGGUGUUCGUUUGGUGAGAGAAUUUCUCUAAGGAGAAGUGUUCCUAUCUGGCUAGUUAGGAAAUGUAUCUCUUGUGCACGAUCACAGCGUCCUUAAUUAGCUUUUUGUUUUUAAAAUGGCUGAAAAGAAGGAGGUUUUGCAUGGAUGUGAAAAGACUAGACGGCAAAACAGUUCUCAUUACAGGAGGAAAUUCUGGCAUUGGCAAGGAAACUGCCACUGCCAUGGCAAUAAGAGGGGCUCGUGUCAUUAUCGCAUGCCGGGACAUGGAGAAAGCUGAAAAGGCCGUUCGAGAAAUAAAGGCAACAAGCCAUAACCUAAAUGUGUUCCACAUGCAUCUGGACCUGGCGAACAUGAGAUCCAUCCGAGACUUCUGUAAAACAUUUCUACAGAGAGAGAAGAGGCUGGAUAUCUUAAUCAACAAUGCAGGGAUGCCCAGUGUUUUGGACUGGACAGACGACAGUUUCAGCAUGUGUUUUGGCGUGAAUCACCUCGGCCACUUCCUACUGACCAACCUGCUCCUGGGCCGCCUGAAAGAGUGUGCCCCCAGCCGGGUGAUCACCCUCACCUGCUCUGCCUACAAGUACCAGAAGCUGGACUUCCAGGACCUGAACUACAACCUCUUCCCCUUUUUCACAUACUGCCGUAGCAAGCUGGCCAACAUUUACUUCACCCAGGAGCUGGCCAGGAUGAUGGAGGGGAAAGGGGUGACAGCCUACUCUGUGCAUCCAGGGUACGUUCAGAGUAACUGGACCUGCCACUACUCCAUCCUGUUCCGCAUCGUGAUGCAGGUGAUCAUGUUCAUGUUCUUCGUGUCCUGCGAAGCGGGUGCCCAGACUGUCAUUCACUGCGCCGUGGCAGAUGAGGUGACGGCGCACAGCGGGGGCUACUUCGUUGACUGCCAGUGUGCCUCCCUCCGACCCUUUGCUAAAGACGCUGGAGUGGCCAGAAAGCUGUGGGAGGCCAGUGAAAGGAUGGUGAAGCUUGCCUGAUGGGCUGCAUUCCAUGGGACACAGCCACCUGCAGUUUUCAUAAGAACAUUCUUAUUUGUGACCUUACAUUUAUUUAUUUUUCCAUCAGAGGACAGUUGUUUGUUGCUGAACCAUUGUGCAGUUGAAUGAGUAUGAUUGGUUGAACUUUAAGCCCUGGAUGUGGAUUUAGAUAAUGC